AUGAGUUGCGACGUUCAAACACCAGCUGGUGACCACCAGAAAACGCGAUGGAAAUAUCUCGACCAGAUCCGUAACAAUGCCGGUCCUUAUACAGAUCCUGAUGCCAUUGCGCCUGAAUCACUCGAUCGAUUCGUAACAAUGAAACUUCUUGGCGCAGGUGGCCUAGGAUGCGAAAUCCUCAAGAACCUUGCCAUGUCGGGAUUCAAGAACAUUCAUGUUAUAGAUAUGGAUACAAUUGACAUCUCCAAUCUUAACCGACAAUUCCUUUUCAGGAAGGAUGACGUUGGCAAAUACAAAGCCGAAGUCGCUGCUGAAUUUGUUCAAAAGAGAGUAAAGGGCGUCACCAUCACGGCGCACAACAAUCGCAUCCAAGACUUCGAUGAGGAGUUCUAUAAGCAGUUUCAACUUGUCAUCUGUGGUCUCGACAGCAUUGAAGCCCGCCGCUGGAUUAAUGCCAUGCUUGUUGCUAUCGCCGAAGAAGGCGAGGACGCUGAUGCCUUGAAGCCUUUGAUUGAUGGCGGUACCGAAGGUUUCAAGGGUCAAGCACGAGUUAUCCUGCCCAGCAUGACCUCGUGUAUUGAAUGCCAACUCGAUAUGCACGCUCCCCGUGCCGCUGUUCCGCUAUGCACAAUUGCCUCGAUCCCUCGACAGCCCGAGCACUGCGUCGAAUGGGCUCACGUUAUUGCUUGGGAGCAAGAGAAGCCAUUCCCAAAGUUAGAUAAGGAUGACCCAGAACACGUCACUUGGUUGUUCCAAAAGGCCCUUACUCGUGCCCAGGAAUUCGGCAUCUCUGGCGUCACUUACUCCUUGACACAAGGAACUAUCAAAAACAUCAUUCCAGCCAUCGCUUCUACCAAUGCCAUCAUCGCCGCUGCAUGCUGCAACGAAGCUUUCAAGAUAGCAACGAGCUCAGCACCGUGCCUGGGGUUCGAAACAAAUUACAUGAUGUAUUCGGGCAACGACAGCAUCUACACAUACACCUUUAAGCACGAGAAAAAGGACGAUUGUCCUGUAUGUGGACGUCAAGCUCGCCCCCUUGAGGUAGAUCCCAAGGCCACACUACAAGAGUUGAUCGAGUCGUUCGCCGUUCGACCUGAAGCUCAGCUUAAGAAACCCUCGAUCCGCGCCGAAGGAAAGACCUUGUACAUGCAGUCUCCCGUAAAUUUGGAAGAACAGACGCGUCCAAACUUGAGCAAGACACUCAGCGAGCUUGGGCUCGAAGACGGACAACAGGUUGUCGUCACCGAUCCUGCAUUCCCUCUUGAAUUCAACUUCUACUUCAAAUUCAAAACAGCUUCCUGA